GGGUUCAAGGAACCCAGCACCAGCGCCUGGGUUCUUUCCUUUCCUUUUUUUUUUUUUUCUCUUUCUCUUUCCUUUUCAUGCUUUCUUCAUAUGCUCCUGUGAUUUCAGCAGAGAAGGCCUAUCACGAGCAGCUCUCAGUGGCGGAAAUCACAAACAGUGCCUUUGAGCCGUCGUCCAUGAUGGCAAAGUGCGAUCCUCGCCAUGGCAAAUACAUGGCUUGCUGCUUGAUGUAUAGAGGAGACGUGGUGCCCAAGGAUGUGAAUGCAGCAGUGGCAACAAUCAAGACCAAGAGGACAAUCCAGUUCGUGGAUUGGUGCCCAACCGGAUUCAAGUGCGGAAUCAACUACCAGCCUCCUACUGUGGUUCCAGGCGGAGAUUUGGCCAAGGUCCAGAGAGCUGUCUGCAUGAUUUCAAAUUCAACCAGUGUUGCUGAAGUGUUCUCUAGAAUCGAUCAUAAGUUUGAUCUGAUGUAUGCCAAGAGGGCAUUUGUGCAUUGGUAUGUCGGCGAAGGUAUGGAGAAAGGAGAGUUCUCGGAGGCCAGGGAGGACUUGGCUGCUCUUGAGAAGGACUAUGAGGAAGUUGGGGCAGAGUCAGCAGAAGGAGAGGAUGAUGAAGGUGAUGAGUACUGAGCAUAAUUGCUUCAAAAAGCUUUUAUUAAUUCUACCAAUGGGCUCAUUGGUCUGCAUUAGUGAAGGUGGUUAGAACUAAGCUAGUAUUUUGCGUUUCCAUCUUAUAGUGUAUUCCGCUUCAAGUUUAAUGAAUCUGAUUAUCUCAA